AUGCCACGCACCAAAGCAGGUUGUUGCACUCCUAAGGCUAGGCCACGGCAGCAGAAGAGCAUUUCUUUGGGUCGCUUGGUAGAGGCAAUGUCGCCGGCGGUUUCUUCUGGGAAAGGCAGCACUAGCAGUUCCAUUUCAGGAACCAAGAGAAAGCAAAGUGAAAGUGCUACUCAGGCUGCUGGUGUGUCAGGAUCUUCUUCACGACCUUCAUUGUCAUCUCAACCUGCUAGUGAUGAUGUAAAUCAAAUGGUUGGCAGUGGUUCCGGCACAGGAACACAUGAACAGGGACAUAUGGCAGGUAUUGAUGGUAAUGGCAUACAAUCUCGUGGCCCAGAUAAUGCAACUACAAAUGAUGUUGUUAUUGAGGUUGGGGAGGAUGAGGACGACGACGAGGAUGAGGCUGGAGAGUUGAAUAGGGGUGACGGAAGGAGGCCGAAGAAAUUGACAUCUUUUGUUUGGGAGUACUUUACCAAGAAAACUGAGACAGUAGAGAUGGAUGGCAAGAAGUAUGAACAGAAGUGGGGGUACUGCAACUACCCUAAUUGCAAGGCCAAAUAUAGAGCUGACUGUAACUAUGGAACAACUGGUUUUCGGAACCAUCUGAAAACAGUACAUCAUGUUGUAAAAGGGCAGUUGCUAUUGACGGCAGAAAAGGAUCAUGGAAAAGACAUCACGUUGAUUCAACCUUACAGGUAUGAUCCGGAGGCUAGUGUCAAGAAGCUGCACUUAGCAAUAAUCAUGCAUGAGUACCCUUUCAAUAUUGUUGAGCAUGAUUACUUUGUUGACUUUAUCAAGUCUUUGCGCCCUACCUUUCCUUUGAAGUCUCGUGUCACCACUAGAAAAGAAAUAAUGGAUAUAUAUUUCGAAGAAAAGGAAAAGUUGUAUGCAUAUUUUAAAACAGUUCGCUGUCGCUUUAGUGCAACCAUGGAUAUGUGGACAUCUUGUCAGAACAAGUCAUAUAUGUGUAUCACCAUUCAUUGGAUAGAUGAUGAUUGGAAAAUUCAAAAGAGAAUUCUCAGUUUAUUUCAUGUAGAAGGACGUCAUACUGGUCAUAAGUUGGCGGAGACCUUUACUGAAGUCAUGGUUAGCUGGUUCGUUGAGAAGAGAUUGUUUGCAUUGACAUUGGACAAUGCUAGUAGCAAUAAAGUGGCAGUCGAAGAGAUAAUUGAUGAUCUUAAGGAGAAUGGCAAUGCUUGUCUGGUUUGUGAAGGGCUCUCCAUUGCAAUGGGAAGAAUUAAUGAAGCGUGCUGCUGA